GCCCUGGCGGUCUCCCUGUAGAAGGUCACUUUGUUUCCGCUUCAAGCUGUAGCGCGGCGGCACUCAGUCGGCCAAGGUCCGUACAUGGGUGUGGGGGUGGUAGGAUACUAAUGGCCCCUGUGUUCUCCAGUCAUGAGCCCGGACGUCGCUGCGACACGAUCGGAGGGCUGGGUCUCGCCUCCGUUGCCGGUCAUUGACAUAUCCUUGAAACAGGCAGAGUGACAUUUCUCCAAGGAUUCAACUGCCAUGAUGUUAAUAGGUUGCUAACGGGAAAAGACAGUCCUGACCUUAACUCCCCAACCCCCACCAGGAUCCUUCACCAAGACAGCUGUUUUAAGAAGACUGCAAACUUUACAGUGAGAAACCACUCCGUGUUUUCUGGAAUGGCUAAAAUAAAGAAAAAGGAUAACAUCCAAUUUUCCCGAGAAUGCUGAGAAUUAGAAUUCUCAUAUCGCUGAUCCGAGGGUAAAAAGAACAUGCCGUGUGGAAGACUGUGUGAUCCCUCUUGAGGACGAAAUCUAGAGGUGGAGGCAAAAGCAGAAAUGGCUGGUUCUCAGGAACUGCUGACCUUCAGGGAUGUGGCCAUAGAAUUCUCCGAGGAGGAGUGGGGACGCCUGACCCACACUCAGCAGCAACUGUACAGGGAUGUGAUGUUAGAGAACUAUGGACACCUCCAUUUCUUGGGUCUCCUUCUGUCAAAGCCAGACCUGAUCAUGUUUUUGGAGCAAGAGAAGAAGCUCGGGAAUGUGAAGAGAAAGGAGACUGUAGCUGUCCAUCCAGUACCGGAGUGCAUUAUGCUGGCCCCAUUCUUGUUGGGACUGCUGGGAUCCCACUACUGCUCUUCUAGGAGCUCUUGCACAAGGCUGUCCCUGCAAUCCUGGCAACCUGAUCGAUGCACCAUUGUCUCUCUUUACUUCACUGGAGGAACCUUUGAAACUCUUCAUCAUGAUUCAGUUGUGGAGUUCUGUGGGAAGCAUGCAUUGUCAAUGUAAGACAUCAAUGGCAUAUUUGUGAAAAGUAGAAACUCAGACCUCAUCCAAACAUCCAAAUCAGAAUAUGGGGGUGCCUGGGUGGCUCAGUGGGUUAAGGCCUCUGCCUUUGGCUCAGGUCAUGAUUCCAGGGUCCUGGGAUCGAGCUCCACAUCAGGCUGUCUGCUCAGCAGGGAGCCUGCUUCUGCCUCUCUCUGCCUGCCUCUCUGCCUACUUGUGAUCUCUGUCAAAUAAAUAAAUAAAAUCUUUUAAAAAAAUCAGAAUAUGAAUUUUAAUAGUCUCUCCAGUUCAUUGUCAUACACAUUAACACUGGAGACGUGCACAUCUAGCUCAGCCAGACUCUUCCAUUAUUCUACUCCUGAUGUCAUGUCUAUAGGACAUUAGUUUGAUAUCUGUGCUUUGUAUGCUAUAAGUCAGGAUAUAUGCUCUUCACUUCCCAGAUUAUUUUGGGCAUGGGUUAUCCCAUGACAUCACAUAAUGUUAGGAUGGAUUUUGAUCUUUGUGCAAAAAUGACAUUGGCAUUUUGUAGAGAUUGCAUUUUCUAUAGGUCACAUCAAGAUUUAUUGUGUUUCAGUUAUUCCAGUGAAAGAACAUGGAUGUGUUUCGUAGUUAUUCAUUCUUUGAAUCCAGCACAGUAUAUUACACUUUUCAUCGUUUCUGGUUUGACCUCUACCAUUAUGUUAAAUUGGAAGCAUUUUGUUGGGGGGGAGGGGGUUUGCUCUAAAUGUAUGAUAUCUCUGUUUGGGAGUUGUUCUUUGUUGUGUAGAAACAAAACUAAUUUUUAUGUGUUGAUUUGCAUACCAGCUUUAUAAAAUCCAUAUGAGUUUUAACAGGAUUAAAACAAUAAGGAUUCCCAGGAGAAGCAAGGGCAGUGGAAUAGGAGGAUCCUAGACUCCUGUGUCUUGUCAUGAGCACUACUAGGUAACUGUCAGGUCCUCCUGAAUGCCCCAGACAUUGGGCUGAGGAGUGACAGGACAAACUCUCCAAGUAAGAGGCAGAAGAGGCCACGUGGAAGAUGGCAGAUUGUGUGGAGACAUGGUUUAGGGAGGAGAGGAGUAUAGCAUUGUGGCGGGAAGGGAGCCCGGCUGUGCAGUAGGUGUCAUGACAGAGGAGCACUCCGGGGAUACAUUUUUGGAUUCCCCAAAACCAUUGGCUUGGAGAGGGAGAAGGGCUGAAUUUCAUGAGUUCUUGGAACCAGCACAUCUUAAAGCCUGGAGGUUUAAUGGUCAGCAGGUUUGGAUGGGAUAGAAUCAGGAGGGCACUGGGGUGCUCCCGGACAGAAGGUUGGCAAACAACCUGGGGGCACCGAGCGUGGAAACAGUCAUCUGAAGAACACCUGGGGCACACAGUGGGGAGAGUAUUCAGUAGUCUAGGAGCACAUUCCUGAGAGGAAACAUUCAGUGACAUGUGGCUUCCAAAACAUGGGAGCCCUCUCCUGUCCUGUAGCAUAAAGACUGAGUCCCACUCAGUAAGACACUGGCUGUCUGCCUUGCUUGCACCAGUCCCCACCCACUGUGAUCUGAGGGAACUUCCCUUCUCAGUGAGGCUUUCCUCGGUCUCAGCAAGGUCAGCCCCUGCCCACCUCACAUCUCCUGAGCAGAGAGUUCUGCAGGGCCACAGUCCUGAUGGAGUAGUAAGGAGCUUGAUGGAGAAUUUAAGGUCAUAAUCAUAAGGAUACUCAAGGAGUUGAGAAAACAAUAGUGAGAACUUUACCACAGAGAUAAGAGUUAAAAAAUAAUUGGGUGCUUGGUGGCUCACUUGGGUAAGUACCAACUCUUGAUUUCUGCUCAGAUCUUGAUCUCAGGCUCCUGGGAUGUAGGCUCAAGUCACCCUGUGAAUUCAGUGUGAUGCCUGCAUGUGAUUCCCUCUCUCUGUAGUUCCCACCUGGAAUCUUGUGAGUGCCCCCCUCAAAUAUAUAAGUCUUUUUAAAAAUCAAACAUAGAUGAAUGAUGCAGUAAGUGAGAGUAGAAAAAGGUUUGAUCUAGAGAGCAGGCUUGAAGAAGCAAAAAAAAUGACUUUGUCAUAUAAAAGGCAAAUGAAGUAAUACUGAAUCUCAACAAGAGAGGGAGAAGAAUCAUGCAACACAGGAUUGCAUUUAGGGAACUCAUUGACCCAAUCAGUUGUAGUAAAAUUCCUUGGUCUUGGGCUUUUCUGUCUGUGCUGCUAGAGUAUUGAUUCCAAGUUCAAUUUUCACCCUUCUUACUGAUCUCAGGAGAUGUCCCAUUUCUUUGGUUCAUGGUUAGGAAAUCAGUCUUAAUAACUUGUACAAUUUUAGGAAUUCUCUGUUUUGUUUUUGUUUUUGUUUUUAAUAAAUUUCCCUAGUUGGGCGCACUGGGAAGCUCAGUGGGUUAAAGCCACUGCCUUCAGCUCAGGUCAUGAUGCCAGGGUCCUGGGAUCAAGCCCUGCAUCAGGCUCUCUGCUCAGUGGGGAGCCUGCUUAUCUCUUUCUCUCUGCCAUUUGUGAUCUCUGCCUGUCAAAUAAAUAAAUUAAAUAUUAAAAACACAAAUUUCUCCAUUUGUUGUUAUGUAAUGGUUUGUGGAGUUAAAGCAUUGCCAAUUUUGUUUUAUUGAUUGAAAUUGGCAUUACUUUCUGUGUUCCAUUAAUGCUUAUCUUCUACUGUAUUUAUUUCACACUUUUCUUUAUAUCAUCUCUCUACUAAGUUUCAUCCUAGUCUCUUCCUUUUUUAGUUCUUCUGGUGGAAAUUAAGUUGUUUGUUCCAACAUUUUUCUUAAUUCUGUAUUGUAUAACAUGAAAAACUUGGGAAAUGGGAAGUCUAGUAGGGAAAAACUGGCAGAAAUAAACAAUACAAACAAUGACCAAAAACAGUAAAAAAAAUUAAAAUGAUGAUCUUUAGGGAUUUCAGUAAUCACGUCCCAUGUGAACAAUGAGUUUUGUUGUUUUUCAGUUUAGAUUCCUUUACUCUAGUUUUGGUUGCAUAAUUGUUCUGAAUAGAGAAUCCAGUACUAUGCUCAAAGGCAGUGGUGGGCUCACUUCAUUACCUACCUGCUGAUGAUAGAGGAGAAGCUUGCAGACUGUCCCUACUGAAUAGGUUUCAGCUUUUCAUGCAUUUGUGGCAUUCAUUAGGUUGGGGUUUCUUUCUGUCUCUCCU